UUGGCAGACGCAGUGUCAGAUCUAUUUUUGCCUGAAAUUGAUUUAGUGAGCAAUCGUGAGUGGUCGUUUUAAUAUUGAAGAGAUUUUAAGGAAAUAAUCAUGGAAGAAACUAAAGAUAAAAAUGAUCAAAAUGAUGGUUCUAAAAAAGCCUCCGAAGAAUCUUUGACCGAAACGGUUAUGGAACGCAAAGAAACCUUUGAUUCCGAACAAAGUUUAACUAACGAUCAAUCAAGGAAACUUUCCAGCGAUACGAAUAUUUCAAAAAAAGAAGAAAACAUAGAAAAUCGUCAAUCAUCAUCGUCUGGACCACCGCAAAUCAGUCAGCAUUUACCAACUCAGCGUAGAUUAAAUAAACUGCGUGAUCACUCAAGUACCGUUUUUCCGGCUGGAUGCAUGGGAUGCCCCGAAAAUCCACCCAGCGAUCAAAUUUGUAGUCCCCGAAGGUUACUUGACCCCGUUGAAUCGAAGGAACAAACCGGAUUAAUUGAUAACAUGCCAAAAAAGCGACCAAGUAGUGCUAAACCGUUACCGUUUAUAAGAAAUCCGUUAACUGGAGUUGGGAUGGAUGUUGAAGAGGUGAAGAGAUUGCCGCGAAGACGCGAAGGUAAUCCUUUAUUAGGUGAAGGGUACGAUUGUGAAAUUAAACCGACUCCAAAUACGAGUAAUGGUAGAAUUCCUCCAGGUGGUUAUUCUAAAGGUCUUUGGUAAAUAGGAAAUAAUUUCCUUUUUUUUGUAUUUAUAAAUGUCCGUAUAAAAAAUAAAAUAUUUAUUGAAAUAUUAAA